GUGCAAUGCUUAUUUGAAAUCUCAAUCCAAAAAAUAUUCGUUUCAUUAGAAAAACCAACGCCGACGUCAAGAUCAGUCUCCUUUCCUUUCAAAAGUGAGCGAGCAGAGCUGAAAAAGAUGGAGUUACCUGGAGAUGAACAAAUUCGAUUUCAUAACACAAACAGCACAAAGAGUCUCUCACGUCCAUUCUUUUAUUUUUAAUUUUUCCCAACCUGCGUUGGAUCCGCAGCUUGUGAACCGGCUUUUGGAAGGGGUGGAGGCACCUACCUUGAAAGACAUGAACCUCCUUUUAAAAAUGUAUGGAAUUGCGCCCGGAAAUACACAGGCUUUGCUUUUUGAAAUCACAAAAAUGGUAGAAUCAUACAUGCAGCAGGCAGAAUUGGCUUUGCCACCUGCAUACGAUGUUACCUGGUUUGGUAACCAGUUUCUGGGCGUGGAUUCUUUUCCGUCUCUAAGGGAGACUUUCGCAGAUUUACAUUUCAAGGGGCGCGAAAGCUUCACUUGGAACGCGGGCUUUGUUAAUUUUUAUAACGAAAUAUGGAGCGCCGAAGACUCCCCGCUGGGUAGCGUUGUAAGUGCUUCGAAUCAGCUUUUUUUGGAAACCCCAUUGGAUCAAUUUGUCAUUUACCCAAUAAUUGAUCUUCAUGUGGGCAACUUUUAUGUUACAUUUACAAUUUCAGUCUUGUAUAUGCUGCUCACUGUCGUUUUGGUCGUUUUUCUUAUUUUUGUUGUUACAAAAAAGGGAGGUGGAAAGUCAGUGCCAAAUGCAUGGCAAUCCUUGGUCGAGCUUAUUUAUGAUUUCGUGCUGAACCUGGUAAACGAACAAAUAGGUGGUCUUUCCGGAAAUGUGAAACAAAAGUUCUUCCCUCGCAUCUCGGUCACUUUUACUUUUUCGUUAUUUCAUAAUCCCCGGGGUAUGAUACCCUUUAGCUUCACAGUGACAAGUCAUUUUCUCAUUACUUUGGCUCUUUCAUUUUCCAUUUUUAUAGGCAUUACGAUCAUUGGAUUUCAAAGACAUGGGCUUCAUUUUUUUUAGCUUCUUAUUACCUAUGGGAGUCCCACUGCCGUUAGCACCUUUCUUAGUACUCCUUGAGCUAAUCUCUUAUUGUUUUCGUGCAUUAAGCUUAGGAAUACGUUUAUUUGCUAAUAUGAUGGCCGGUCAUAGUUUAGUAAAGAUUUUAAGUGGGUUUGCUUGGA